GACUGGUCAGAGGAGGUGGUGGUGAGACUGGUCAGAGGAGGUGGUGGUGACUCUGGUCAGAGGAGGUGGUGGUGACUCUGGUCAGAGGAGGUGGUGGUGACUCUGGUCAGAGGAGGUGGUGGUGACUCUGGUCGGAGGAGGUGGUGGCGACUCUGGUCGGAGGAGGUGUUGGUAACUCUGGUCAGCAUGUGCAAGGGCAGGUAGGGAGUCCCAUGUCAUCAAGGCAUCCCUGUAAUCUGCAUCUUCUUCCUCUGUAUUGGGGCUCUGCGAUGAAGUUUGAUCUUCCCUCAGAGGACAGUCCACAAGCCGUCCCACUGACAACUCUGCGUGCAUAGCCUACAGUCCUCCUCUUGGGUCACUGUUGGUGGAAAACAACCCAAAAGUGUAACUCCUCUUGGGUCACCGUUGGUGGAAAACCAGCCAUGUCACCCUUUAUUCAAGUCAGUAUUCGACGUCCAUCUAUGUCUGAGGUUUUAAGCCGACCCUAAAUCUUUAACUUUUCCAUCCGGAGUUAAAGUUAACCUUAAACGCUUCAGAAUGUGACUUUUCAGAAAGAAUGGAUAAACGUCUACUUGUGAUGCGAGACUGAGAGCUAGUUGGGAAAACAACCCAAAACCAGUAGGUUCAAUCUGAAUAAAACACCUGCUAGCUAGCAUUUUAAUGCUUUUAUGGGAAGGAAUCCAAUUAAUGAUAUCAAGACUUGAUCUGCACUCAUGUAGUUAUUGAAAAAAACGAAACGUUUGUAAAAUAAAUAAAUAUAUAUAUAUAUAUAUUUACAUAAAACCGAUUAAAUGUGUACAGAAUUUACAUGAGCUCUCUGCCUAGGCUGCCAUUAGGCGCCACGGCAACUAUAGAUUGAAAGUAAUAAUAAUUGAUUCAACAAUAAUAGGUAUUCAAUUACAUACAGAAAUGUUAGUGCUGUAGAGAAACAACAAAAAACAUCAAUCAUCAUGAGUCGAUUGAUGGUCAAGAGAUUGAAGGUUGAGAAAGUUCAUGCCUUGAGUGAGGUCAGCGGAGGCAGGUGGUGGUUAAAAGAGGAGAGAAGGCAGCACAUUGCCAUCCAUGUUGUCUGUGGCUUCGUAGUAGGACUCAGUCAAAUUAAGUUAGUUGGACUAGCUAGCUAGCUACUGCUACCAAAAUACAGCGCCCACUUGGGUGAUGCUAUUUCAGUCACGAGGCGCAAGAAAGCACAACACGCUUCAAUAGUAAUCCAGCCUUACCAUUUGUGCCCUGUUUACAUCGUGACGUAUUUCAUUACGCCGUACUUCAUUUCAAUAUUGUUCCGCUACAGGAUGGAGUGAAUAGGGAGGAUUUCACAACGCAAGACUAGAUGGAGAGCCUAGUGUCUCAUCAGGGAUUGCAUUGAUUUCGGGAGAUUGUAAAAUAUGGCCUUUUCAUUAAAGACAGGGGAAAUAUAUGGUUUCAGUUGAUAAUAAAACAUGCUUUGUUGAGUAAAUUUUUCCUCAACUUGUUAAAUCAAGCUAGCUUACACCACAGCUAGCUAGCUAAAAGAUACGCUAUACUGUAGCUAGCGACCUCCACCUAAAAACAAACGUCAUUACCAUUAUAAAAACUAAACCCAUCGGCUGUGGUUUAGUAACUUCGUGUUCUUCGAGGAACUGAAGACGCAGUUUGGAAAUAGACACCGCAUACUUUGAAUAUCUCGCAGCGGAGCCGUUAACCUCAAGGGGGCGCUGCGAUUCCACUCCGUCGUGGACGCUCUCCAUUCAAAUGAAUGACAUCAGGCCCAAUGCUUACGGUUAAUGUGAAUGGGGCAUUAGUCCUCCAUACAGUCAUGGCCAUCUGUCAUCUCUGUGCACCUCUAUAUUCAGGCUUCUCUCCAUCCUCAACCACCAGUUGGCAUAAUUGAAUCAAAACAUUGCAUGCUAGCCAGCUAACAUUAUCUAGCCAAAAACUAACCGCCAACCUCAGUCUUGAAAAUGUGCUGGAUUCAAACUAUUCAGACUACAAUAAUAAGCUAAAUCAAUAGUUAAUUCAUAAAUGUUUGUAAGGAAAAAUGCUAUACAAAUAUUUACAAAAUGUACAGGAGCUCUCAGCUUAUGCUGCUACUAGGGCACCAUGGCAACUAUAGUAGUGCACUAUAAAGAAUAGGGUGCCAUUUGGUACAUACACACAGUCCUCCCAGAGUCCUCCCAGUCCUCCCAUGGUCCUCCCAGUCCUCCCAUGGUCAUCCCAGUCCUCCCAUGGUCAUCCCAGUCCUCCCAUGGUCAUCCCAGUCCUCCCAUGGUCGUCCCAGUCCUCCCAGAGUCGUCCCAGUCCUCCCAUGGUCAUCCCAGUCCUCCCAUGGUCAUCCCAGUCCUCCCAUGGUCCUCCCAUGGUCCUCCCAGUCCUCCCAUGGUCAUCCCAGUCCUCCUAUGGUCAUCCCAGUCCUCCCAUGGUCCUCCUAUGGUCAUCCCAGUCCUCCCAUGGUCAUCCCAGUCCUCCCAUGGUCAUCCCAGUCCUCCCAUGGUCAUCCCAGUCCUCCCAUGGUCAUCCCAGUCCUCCCAUGGUCAUCCCAGUCCUCCCAUGGUCCUCCCAGUCCUCCCAUGGUCCUCCCAGUCCUCCCAUGGUCAUCCCGGUCAUCCCAUGGUCAUCCUAGUCCUCCCAUGGUCAUCCCAGUCCUCCCAUGGUCAUCCCAGUCCUCCCAUGGUCAUCCCAGUCCUCCCAUGGUCAUCCCGGUCAUCCCAUGGUCAUCCUGGUCCUCCCAUGGUCAUCCUAGUCCUCCCAUGGUCAUCCCAGUCCUCCCAUGGUCAUCCCGGUCAUCCCAUGGUCAUCCUAGUCCUCCCAUGGUCAUCCCAGUCCUCCCAUGGUCAUCCCAGUCAUCCCUUGGUCAUCCCAGGCCUCCCUUGGUCAUCCCAGGCCUCCCUUGGUCAUCCCAGUCAGAGCCAGUAGGAUAUAUAAAUGUAUUGCCUUCAGGAAGUAUUCACAUCACUUGACUUUUCCCACAUUUUGUUGUUUCAGCCUGAAUUUAAAAUAGAUUAAAUUGAAAUGUUUUGUCUCUGGCUUACACACAUUAUGUCAAAGUGGAAUUAUGUUUAAUUUAAAUUUUUUAUGUUUACAAAUUUGUUGAAAAUGAAAAGGUGUCUUGAGUCUAUAAGUAUUCAACCCCUUUGUUAUGGCAAGCCUAAAUAAGUUGCAUGGACUCACUCUGUGAAAUAGUGUUUUUCAUGAUUCGUUAUUUUUUUUACGAAUACCUCAUCUCUGUACCCCACACAUUCAAUUAUCUGUAAGGUCCACAGGAGGUUGGUGGCACGGGCUCGUGGUAAUGGAUGGAGCGAAAUACCUGGAAUGGUCUCAAAUACAUAGUUUCCAUGGUUUCCAGGCAUUUGAUGCCAUUCCAUUGGCUCCGUUUCAGCCAUUAUUAUGAUCCGUCCUCCACUGGUAAGGUCCCUCAGUCGAGCAGUGAAUUUCAAACACAUAGUCAACCACAAAGACCAGGGAGGUUUUUCAAUGCAUCGCAAAGAAGGGCACCGAUUGGAAAAGGGGUCAAGAAAAAAAUGGAGACAUUGAAUAUCCCUUUGAGCCUGGUGAAUUACACUUUAUACCCAGCCACUGCAAAGAUACAGGCGUCCUUCCUAACUCAGUUGCCGGAGAGGAAGGAAACCGCUCAGGGAUUUCGCCAUGAGGCCAAUGGUGACUUUAAAACAGUUCGAGUUUAAUGGCUGUGACAGGAGAAAAACUGAGGAUGGAUCAACAACAUUGUAGUUACUCCACAAUACGAACAUAAUUGACAGAGUGAAAAGAAGGAAGCCAAUGUUACAGUUUUAAUUUAAAUUGACUCCGGAAUCUAUGGCAAGACAUACAAAUGUCUGUCUAGCAAUGAUCAACAACCAACUUGACCAAACUUGAAGAAUUUAAAAAAGAAUAAUGUGCCAAUAUUGUACAAUCCAGGUAACCAAAGCUCUUAGAGACUUACCCAGAAAGACACACAGGUGUAAUCACUCUUAGAGACUUACCCAGAAAGACACACAGGUGUAAUCACUCUUAGAGACUUACCCAGAAAGACACACAGGUGUAAUCACUCUUAGAGCCUUACCCAGAAAGACACAGGUGUAUUCACUCUUAGAGACUUACCCAGAAAGACACAGGUGUAAUCCCUCUUAGAGACUUACCCAGAAAGACACAGGUGUAAUCACUCUUAGAGACUUACCCAGAAAGACACAGGUGUAAUCACUCUUAGAGACUUACCCAGAAAGACACACAGGUGUAAUCACUCUUAGAGCCUUACCCAGAAAGACACAGGUGUAAUCACUCUUAGAGACUUACCCAGAAAGACACAGGUGUAAUCACUCUUAGAGACUUACCCAGAAAGACACAGGUGUAAUCACUCUUAGAGACUUACCCAGAAAGACACAGGUGUAAUCACUCUUAGAGACUUACCCAGAAAGACACAGGUGUAAUCCCUCUUAGAGACUUACCCAGAAAGACACAGGUGUAAUCCCUCUUAGAGACUUACCCAGAAAGACACAGGUGUAAUCCCUCUUAGAGACUUACCCAGAAAGACACAGGUGUAAUCCCUCUUAGAGACUUACCCAGAAAGACACAGGUGUAAUCCCUCUUAGAGAUUUACCCAGAAAGACACAGGUGUAAUCCCUCUUAGAGACUUACCCAGAAAGACACAGGUGUAAUCCCUCUUAGAGACUUACCCAGAAAGACACAGGUGUAAUCCCUCUUAGAGACUUACCCAGAAAGACACAGGUGUAAUCCCUCUUAGAGACUUACCCAGAAAGACACAGGUGUAAUCCCUCUUAGAGACUUACCCAGAAAGACACAGGUGUAAUCCCUUUUAGAGACUUACCCAGAAAGACACAGGUGUAAUCCCUCUUAGAGACUUACCCAGAAAGACACAGGUGUAAUCCCUCUUAGAGACUUACCCAGAAAGACACAGGUGUAAUCCCUCUUAGAGACUUACCCAGAAAGACACAGGUGUAAUCCCUGCCAAAAGUGAUUUAUAACAUGUAUUGACUCAGGGGGUUGAAUACAUAUAUCUAAUCAAUAUAUAUUACUGUUUUCUUUUCCAUAGUUUUUUUUAUUUUUACAAAUGUUAUAAUUUUUCUUCCACUUUGUCAUUAGAGUAUUUUGUGUAGAUAGUUGACAAAAAACAAAACAUUCACAAUUAAAAUCCAUUUUAAUCCCACUUGGUCACAAAACAAAAUGUGGAGAAAGUCUAAGGGUGUGAAUUCUUGCUGAAGGCACUGUAUGCUAUAUACCAUUAGGUCCUCUACGUAUAUUGACGUAUAUACAAGGUUAUAUAUAGGGCUCUGAUCACAAUGGUUCCUUAUUGUGUUCAGAUCUGCAGACGUUGUUUAAAUGAUUAAUUACUGUAGUAGAUUAAAACCCCUGCAUCUUUAUUUACCUAGCCUAUAUGUUAUACUUUAGCUAUUAUAGAAAAAAUAACAUUUCAAUAAAUAAACAGUUAUUUAAAAACAAAUCAAAAAUAUGCUAAAAAGUUCUUCAACCAACCCUGAUGUGUGUCAAACCGCCAUGCGUCAGCGAACAAUGUGGUUUCCUUGACGAUCAAACAUAGUUACUACUAUCCGUUUCAACUCAACUUUCUGCAUGGUUCCACCAUUUUUAAACGGUGCGUAUUUAUGAUGCAUGUUGUCCACCCCCCACCCCCCCCCCAUCCUGACAUAGAGAACUGAGACCGCUGGCUUGUCUUAACACACAGGUUAACAGUGAGUCAAUGCGUUACCAAGCUGGUAUAACUGUUAUAGUCACCAUUCAAAUGAUCUUUGUUUUUAUGUAUCGUGAUAUUGAAUUUAAUCAACAACAACAACAACAACAACAAACUAGACUACAUGUAUCUAUUCUAGCCAACUUUGAAUAUUGUUAAUAAUCCUGGUGUUCUACUCCUUACUGUGCUCUGUUGCCGUUUUCUGCUACAUUGAUAUUAGUAACCACAUCUCUCUGGAUUCUCUUAACUAUGGAACUAUAUUCCCUAUGUGAUGCACUACUUUGGAAUGCUGGGAGAUUCAGCGUCACCUUUAAAAAAACAUUUUUGUUUUAAAAGUUCGACCUUUUUAUUUUUAUUUUUUAUUUUACAUAUUGACUUUUACUGUUCUCUGUUGCCAGGGGGACGGAGAGUUGUGAUAUGGGUCCGGUGGGGACUCUGGGAAGUAGUGUUCCUAAGGGCCCGGGUCAAAGGUAAUGCAAUGCAUAGGGAACAAGGUACCGUUUGAGACGCAGGCAUAUAAAAUAAAAACCAUGUUUAUAAAAAGCUUUUGAUUUGAACAAAGCCCCUUUUAUGUAGCUGAGAUGUGUUGGCACGAUGCCUGCCCCUCAGAGAGACUUUAGCAUCAAGUACAUGUGGAUGUUUACUUUUUAGUGUUUAUCUCAAGACUUAUUGUACUUCUGUUACCAGAAUCAUUAAUAACUACUUUUUCCAUGUAAUUCUCCUGAAGCUUUUCGUCCCACUUUAGUGAACAGAGAAACGGUGUACCCCCAGCCCCCUCCCCCCCCCCUGUAAGAGCUAUAUAGGAUAUCAGUAUGUAAGAGCUAUAUAGGAUACCUUGACGUAAGUUGACAAGAAUUUUCUGCCUAACUCAUAUGGGUUGUAAAAGAAUGGACUACGGUUGGGUUGGAGAUUGUUGAUGAUUGAGUGUGGUGUAUUUGAAGGCAAUUGAAUGCAACUUACAAAGCUUAAUAAAAUUAUAUUAUUUUAGUAUAAUUAGCUUUUUUAUUAUCAGUUUGUGGCUAAUAUCUGUAUUUAUUUUUUUAUCAAUCUUUUACAUUUUUCACAAAGUAUAACAAAAAGGGACAAUAGACAUUAUGAUACAAUUCAACUAUACACCACAGUAAUUCUGUCAUGUCUAUCACCGUCAGGGAUUGACCCUGACCUGUGUAGCAGAUUCAUUUAAAAUAAUACCAUGUAUCAAUGUCAUUUUAAAUGUACAGUAGCUAUUCAAAGCAAUCCACUGUAGCUAAUUCAGUCAGAGAAACAAUCGGAUGACUGUAAUUAGUCUGUAAUGGUCUAAGGAAAAGUCAAUUACACUUCAAACCACUAAUUAUAAUUUCAGUCUCUACCCUGUUUGAUCUCAUAGUGUGUUUUAGUCUAAGAUGUUCUCUUAAGGAGCCUGCCAUUAUUCCUUAAGGUCCAAGGAUGUUGUAUGUUGUUUUCAGAGGUAGACUUGACUCUGACAGUCAAAUACUACAUCUCAACGUGAAUCGAUUAUCAAUUGCGGUACUGUUCUAGAAACAUAAAGCCCUUAACUUUCAUAUCACAUUAAAAUAAUUUCACAAGUGAAAAAUAUACACUUACUGCACUGUCUUAACCGGCUUUAUCACAGUUGCAGCGGACGCGUUUCUGGCGAGCUUCCGUUAUUACACACAGGUGUUAGGAGCAUGCUAGAUAGUUAACGUUCAUUAGUACCGGUGGCCUCUAACUUCUGUCUAACUUCCUUCUUCUUCAACUCGCUGUAACGUGGAGAUAUGGGCGCACGGAAGCACAAACAGUAACCCUAUAAAUGCGUGUAUCAAUGAAUAUUUUUUCUUCUUCCUGAUAUGAAAGAUGUGGUUUUUAUGCUUUGAAACCCGUACUGCAAGCGAUACGUGUUAAUGUUGAGACCGAGCUUCAGGGCGCUUAACAAAACUCCCCCGUGCAGAAGACGCCUUCAUCCGGUGACUCUUGUGUGGAAUGAAAGUCAUGAUCAAGGACUGUGUGUGUCAAUACCACCUACUGGACUUCAUUUUGAUCCAUCACUAUUAUUAGAUUUAAUAAAGUAAUACAUUCUGAAAUUGAUAAUUACAUUUUGAUAUUGCUUGUUUUUGUUGCAUGCAGCUCAGUAUGAAUAGGGAGAUAAACAGUUGAUGUGAUUUUUAUUUUUAUUAUAUCAUCUAUUUAUGUUCAUUAAAACGGAUUGAUAUAAAAUGUAGGUUAUAUAUGGAUGCAUUAUAAUCAUGAUAACGGUUGCCUCCAUCUCAUCUCCGUUAUGUCCCGCGGUGAUACGGACACAAAUCUGUAUUUGAUCGAGCAGGUUAACGUCGGUCAAUUUCUCUACCGACAACCGUACGAACGCUUAACGAUUUGGAACGUCCCGGGAUCCCCGCUGAAACAACUGCACCGUUGGAGAGAUUCAUUCAUCUGAUGCGAGCCAGCGAAGACCAAAUUGACGGUUUUCCACGCUGACGUAACAGAUAUUACAAUGCAACAAGAAUAGAUUUAGUCUUGGUUUCUGAGCGGUUCAAUACUGUACAGCGACCAGGGAAGGGGGGCAGGAAAACAAUGAUGCACUUCAGGAACAUUAUCGACCUCGGCGCUACAUCAUCAACACGAUAACCACCUCAAUGCAACAUCAGUGGAUGGUGGAUUUGGGGAUUUAAUUUCAUGUCCAGCGGAACGGACUAGUUGCUGCUUUGUGGAAGAUCUUCAUAUUAUAUUUUGUUGCAGGAGAGUUGCUGCUGCCCGGUGUCUCUGCUGCCCGGUGUCUCCCUCCUAUCCAGAACGUUGUUGUGAAUGAUCAAACAUGGCGACUGUACCAGUAUAUUGCAUCUGCAGAUUACCGUACGACGUUACUCAGUUUAUGAUCGAGUGUGAUGCCUGCAAGGACUGGUUUCACGGAAGCUGUGUUGGUGUGGAUGAGGACGAGGCUCCAGACAUUGACAUAUACCACUGUCCCAACUGUGAGAAGACCGAUGGAAAAUCCACCAUGAAAAACAAGAAAAGGAAUAAACACGACACGGGACAGAGAGGAGACAUCAAAGCUGUACAGAACGGCAGUCAGGUGUUCAUCAAGGAGCUACGCAGUCGCACCUUCCCCAGCUCUGAGGACAUUGUGGUGAAGCUGAACGGCAGUCAGCUGACGAUGGACUACCUGGAAGAGGUUGGUUUUAACGAGCCGAUCCUGGUUCUGAAGAAGGACGGUCUGGGGAUGUCCAUGCCCGCUCCUACCUUCUACAUCAAUGAUGUGGAGAACCAUGUUGGGCCAGACAUCGGUGUGGAUGUGAUAGAUGUGACCAAGCAGAAAGACAGUAAAAUGAAGCUGAAGGAGUUUGUAGAUUACUACUUCAGCACCAGCAGGAAGAAAGUAUUAAAUGUCAUUAACCUGGAGUUCUCUGACACACGGAUGGACAGUAUAGUGGAGAGCCCUCAGAUUGUGCGGAGGUUGUCGUGGGUAGAGAACUACUGGCCAGACGAUGCUCUCCUGGGGAAACCUAAAGUCACUAAGUACUGUCUGAUCGGUGUUAAAGACAGCUACACUGACUUCCACAUCGAGUGUGGAGGGGCCUCCGUAUGGUACCAUGUACUCAAGGGAGAGAAGAUCUUCUUCCUGAUCAAGCCCACGUCAGCCAACCUAUCGCUGUAUGAGCGCUGGAGGUCCUCAGCCAAUCACACUGAGAUGUUCUUCGCCGACCAGGUGGACAAGUGUUACAAGUGCACUCUGAAGCAGGGACAGACCCUAUUCAUACCAUCAGGUUGGAUCAAUGCAGUUCUGACUCCAGUGGACACACUGGCCUUUUCCGGACACUUUGUCCACAACCUGAGUGUUGAGAUGCAGAUGAGAGCGUACGAGGUGGAGAAGCGUCUCAAGGUGAAUUGUCUGACUCCGUUCCCCAACUUUGAGACUGCCUGCUGGUACGUGGGCCGACACCUGCUGGAGAGAUUUAAAGGUUUGCACAAGGCCAACAGACAGCCAGCUGCCUACCUGAUCCAUGGAGCUAAGAUCAUCAACGGAGCCUUCAGGGCCUGGACUAAGAAACAGGCUCUGUUAGAACACGAGGAUGAACUUCCAGAGAACAUGAAGCCCACUCAGCUCAUCAAGGACCUGGCCAAGGAGAUCAGGAUCUCAGAGAAUGCGGCCAAAGCCAUUAAGAGUGAUUCGAGUAGCAAGGCUCCAGUGGAGGAACCCCCUGCUGCCCCAUUAGAGCCUGAGGUCCCUGCUUCCCCCUCCAGCGACCCCUCUCCGUCCCCUCCUCCUCGGGAGAAACCAGCCAGGAAGAAGGCCUCCAAGCCCCCAAAACCUCCAAAGGUCCCCAAACCUCCCAAGGUCCCCAAAGCGAAGGAGGGAGGGAAGAAGAAAGGAAAGAAAGAGAAGGAGGUCCCCCCUCCCCCUCCACCUCCUCCAUCGAAGCCCUCCAGCCUGGCAGCUCUGGAGUCUCACGCCAAGGACAUCCUCAGCAAGAUGGACCAGCCCAAAAAAGGCAAGAUGGGGGGCAAGGCGACUAAGAACAUCCUGAGUAUGUCGGGGACCUGUAAGCAGAACGACCUGGAGGAGUUUGAGAUCCGAGAACAGAACAAGAAACAGACGGAAGCCAAGUGGAAAUAUAAGAACAGCAAACCAGAUUCCUUACUGAAGAUGGAAACUGAAGAGCACAAGUUUGAGAGAACGCCACUAUCAGGCAACAAAGACAAGUUUUCAUUCUCAUUGACACACAAGAAGUUACUAGGUUCUAAGCUGAAGCCCCAGACCAACUCCAGUGUGUUCAGCUCGUUACAAAACCUAAAGGAGGACAAGGCCAAGCCGGUGAGAGACGAGUAUGAGUACGUGUCAGACGAAGGAGAGUUGAAGAUUGAUGAGUUCCCCAUCAGGAGGAAAAAGAACGCCGUCAAGAGGGACUUAUCCUUCCUGUCAAACAUCAAAGACCCAAUCCACCCAUCCAAGAAGCCAAAGCUCCUCCCCUCUGCUGUCAAGAAGGCUGACUCGUCAGAUGAGGAGUCGCUCCACAUCGACACAGAGGUCAAGCCGGAGGUGAAAGGUCGUAACUCGAAGGUGAAAAAGAAGACGGGCAUCCUGGACCUUCUCCAGGCCAGCAAGGCAGUGGGCGUCGACUACAAUGCCAACAGUCAGCCACCUGCAUCUCCCAGCACACAGGAGGCCAUUCAGGGGAUGUUGUCUAUGGCCAACCUGUCCUCCGGGGCUACCGCGGAGGCUGCAGCCAUCUCCUCUGACACCCCUGGAGGAGGAGGUGGUUCCUGGGGCAGGAACCAUGCCAACACCACCACUGCUGGACGGAAGGGAGGAACACGAGGAGGAAAAGGAGGAGAUGGGAACAGUAAGCGGCCAGCCAAACCCAAGAAAACAAAGAAGAACAGCAGCAUCGAGUUUGAUGACGACCAGGAUCACAUGGACGCCUGCUUCAAGGACUCAGACUAUGUUUACCCAUCUCUGGAGUCUGAAGAGGAUAACCCUGUCUUCAAAUCCAGAUCCAAGAAGAGGAAAGGUUCAGAUACUCCAUACAGCCCCACAGCGCGUGUCGGCCCCUCUGUGCUUCGUCAGGCGAGGCCGGCCAGAGAAGGAGCGCGAGUGGCGUCCAUAGAGACAGGACUGGCGGCUGCUGCAGCCAAACUCACACAUCAGAAGGAGCAGCAGAAGACCAAGAAUAAGCAGAAGAGCACAAAAAAGAAGCCCCCUGCUGCUUUGAGAGAGGAGGAGGAAGAGGAGGAGCCAGUGAGGAAGCUGAGUAGGGACAGCAGUUCUCCAGAACCAGACGCGGGCCGGGACUCCGAGCCUGGUCAGACCGACCAUGAAUACUCCUCUGGGGCAGGAGGGAAGCAGGCUGGGGGGCCCCAACCCAUGGCCCCUGGAGUCUUUCUUACACAGAGACGACCCUCCACAUUUUCAUCAUCUCACAACAAUAACAACAACAACACAGCCAAGGGGGAACGAGGAGCCGCAGGAGGAGCAGGUGGAGCAGGGAAGGGUGACGCAAAGGGCGAAGCGAAGCGGCUAAAGAAAGGCAUGGCGACGGCCAAACAGAGACUAGGAAAGAUCCUCAAGAUCCACCGCAACGGGAAGCUCCUCCUGUAACAGGAAGUGACUCGCUACGGAGCAUUGCCAUUGGCUCCUGCAGUACUCUUAGCAUAUGAACUGGCUCCAUCUCCUUUCCUUUGAUUGGUGCUGGGCUAACAGACAGACUGAAACAGUCAACAUUGGUUUUGCCUAUACUUAAAAGUGUACAGAAUAAUUGCUAGAAAUAUUUUUUAAGAAAAAUGUGUCAUUUUACUACAGUCAGUUUAUCAGGGGGUCGCUAUGCUAUGCGUUAAACUAGGGCUGCGGCCCAAAUGUCAGCCUAUUCCCUUUAUAGUGCCCUGGUCAAAAGUAGUGCGCUACAAAGGGAAUAGGCUGCCAUUUGGACCGCGACCCAGAAGUACAUCCAGGACCCUGAAAGUAUCCCUUCCAUGUGUUCAGUUGGACGGGUUAAAGAUAGUUUAUAGAGAAUUCAUUCCUACUAUUUCGAUGGGGGUUAUCAUUAACCUUGCAAUAUUUGUUUUAGAAUUUAAGAAAUAAUUUUUGCUUUCUGUCCUCCCCAGACCAGACUUAGCCUGAAAUACAGUCUGUUUGUGCUAACAUUCCACCCCCAGACAUGUUAGGUGACGAGGAGUGGAAUGUUAGCACAGACUGUAUUUCUCCACACUAGAUACACUCACCUCCACGCUAUUCCUUUGUUUGCUAAGCACUAUCAGUUACGAUAUAUUUAUUGUCCUAAUAUACUGUUUCAUGUCAUAGACGUGGAAAGGAAAGCCAACAAGGAACUUAAUAAAAUAACUUGCGAAGGGAAUUUCAGAUGUCAGAUAUGUCAAUAUGAUGAUGGUUCCAGUGUUCAAAUGGAUUUCUCUGAACGGUUUGUAACAGAAACACAAUAAGGAAUGGUGUCUUUCUUUUAACUAAUGUUUCACACCCAAACAAACAUAUCAACAUUAUUUCACAAUGUGCCAUUACUUCCGUUUCAAGACUAUCUUAAGAUAGAUAUUGUGAUUAUAGACCGUAUGAAUUAGCUACUUUAAAGACUGUAAAACAAAUAACCAAAUGUGUAAUAUUUUGUUCUAAAUUAGUACAAACACUAUAUUACCACAGCUGACAGUCACAGUAAAUGAUCCUUAAUGGGAUAUAAUGUGGUAUUAUUGUCAUGCUUGAUUUAAUAAGGAUUUAUUUCGUAUUUCCAUAUCAAUAUUCCAUAAUCUAACAUUGACUGUAUUGCCAGUCAAUUGAAACUCUCUAUCCCAAAUGGCACCCUAUUCACUAUAUAGUGCACUACUUUAGACCAGGGCCCUAUUCCCUAUGUAGUGGCCAACUUUAGACCAGGGCCCAUAUCUAACUCUCUAAAGGAGGAUCGUUAUUGAAACACUAAUCAUGGGCUCCUGAAGAUGCUGUAAAUCCCAUGUGUUCUAUGAUGAUAGGCCUCAUCCAGCUCUCUCACUGUGGCUACAUGGGGAUACUUUCACUCCUCUGUUGGCUUUAAGGCAGCAACAUAGCCUUCAUCACUGAAAUAUGCAUCAUUUCUAUGGCUUGUUAUUCACAGUACAGUAUGUAGAAUGUAGCUUGUACAUAGCCUUUUACAGGAAUACUUUUUGUAUCCUUUUUUUUCUCCCUUAAUAUUUCAUUAUUAUACAUUUCUACUAGUUUUUUAUUAUAAACCAAAUAUAUGUGAAUAUAUAGACAUUAGUGUUUUUGAUUUGACCAAUGUUAGUUUUAUGUUUGUUUUUAACAUUGUCAUUUGUUAUUAGACUAUAAGGUGUUGCCUGGAAAACAACUGAAGAACAAAAUAACAUCAAUUGUUGUAUGGCCUUACAUUACUACAUACACACAGCUACAUUACUACAUUACUACAUACACACAGCUACAUUACAUUACUACAUACACACAGAUACAUUACUACAUACACACA